AUGUUACUAUCAUUUGCAGAAAACACACAUAAUGACAUUAAGUUGUUGGUUUGUAAAAAUCUAUUAGGAAUAUUAAUUGAAUUUAGAACAAUUAAAGACAAUUAUAUUUUAAAUAGAAUAGUUACCACAUUCGAAAUACAAGUAAGAAACAAUUAUAUUAAGCAAUCAAUACAUAACAUUAUCUACAAACUCAUAGAUAAUGAUAUUUAUGUUAAUGAAUUUCUUCCAAUCAUUAUAGAUACAAAUCAUAUAAGGGUUUUAUUAAAAGAUGAUAAGUAUAGUGAUGUUGUUAUUGAAAACAUGGAAGAGUGGUUUUAUAAGAAAGAUAGUUUUAAAUGUAUAAAUAACCUUUUAAAAUUAAUUAGAGGCAUAAAAUGUAAAAGAUUGUUUGAUUUUUAUAACUUACUCAAUAGAGGUGAUAAUUAUAAGAAAAUAUAA